GUGCUGAGCAAGGCAGCGCGGGCAACGGUCCGCAUUCUGGCAGAGGGUCAUCCUGCAAGUUCCGGGUUGCUCGAAGUCCAGACCAGCUCCGGGUCCUUCGGGUCGGUGUGUGGGAUGAAUGCCGAAGCCGCAAGUGUGGCCUGCAGGCAGUUAGGCUUUGAUUUCGGUGUGCUAAGUCCUUCCCCAUGUGGCCAGUACGGAGGUGGGAGCUGGUGUGGUGCGGCAGGGUCGCCUGUUGCCGUGAAGAGCUUGAAAUGCUCGGGGACAGAGAUCAGUGUUGAUGAGUGCAGCUCAGAACCAGUCGACGACACGUGCGUGAGUCACGGCAGUGAUGCUGUGGUGUUCUGUGGUGCACGCUCUGUGGAAGUGUUUCCUGACGGCGAGCUUCGGCUGAUUGGAUCAGCUGGUGCGCCAGCCCUUCCCGGCGAAGCUGGCCGGCUGGAAAUCUUCUUGGCCACUUCUGAGGCCUGGGCUCCGGUCUGCAGGCUUGGAUUCACAAGUGGCUCCGCUGCGGUUGCUUGCAAACAAAUGGGUUUCACGGGAGCCUCAGGCCAUUCAAGUUGCAGCUCCAAGCAGGCGUGUGGAGGAGUGGCGCCGCAGCUGGCAGAGUUGGCUUGCGCCGGGUCGGAGACAAGCGUGCUGCAGUGCCCCAUGGCGGUCGGGGACGAUGUGUUCUGCGCGCCAGAAGAGUCCGUGCUGUUGACUUGUGCUGGGCCUGGCGACCCUAUCGGCAAACCAGCUGUUGCGUGA